UUGAAAAUCAACACCAGUUGCUCGCGAAGACUUCGAACUGCCGGAUCAGACCGCUCCGAACACUCGAAAACCAUAGAAACAUAGCGUUUAAUUUACACUGCACUAAUUAUCAGUUCCACCGAACCGAGAUGACAAAUUUAGCUCCCACUAUCAAGCUGAGCAACGGCCGCGAGAUGCCGAUCUUCGGCCUGGGCACCUGGAAGUCGUUUGAGUCGGACGCCUACCACUCCACGCGUCAUGCCCUCGACGUGGGCUACCGGCACCUCGACACCGCCUUCGUCUACGAGAACGAGGCGGAGGUCGGCCAAGCCAUCGCCGAGAAAAUCCAGGAGGGAGUUGUAUCUCGCGGCGACGUCUUUGUGACCACCAAGCUAGGAGGCAUCCACCACGACCCCACGCUGGUGGAGCGCGCCUGCCGUCUCAGCUUGAGCAACCUGGGCCUGGACUACGUCGAUCUCUACCUGAUGCACAUGCCCGUCGGACAGAAGUUCCACAACGACAGCAAUGUCCACGGCACCCUCGAGCUGACAGACGUCGACUACCUGGAUACCUGGCGGGAGAUGGAGAAGCUGGUGGACCUGGGCCUGGCGCGCAGUAUCGGCCUCUCCAACUUUAACGCCGCGCAGACAGAGCGGGUGCUGGCCAACUGCCGCAUUCGCCCAGUCGUUAACCAAGUGGAGUGCCAUCCUGGCUUCCAGCAGAGGCAGUUGCGCGAGCACGCAAAGAAGCACGGCCUGGUCAUCUGCGCCUACUGCCCGCUGGCCCGCCCUCAACCCGCCCGCCAAUGGCCUCCUUUCCUCUACGAUGAUCACGCCCAGAAGCUGGCCAAGAAGUACGGACGCACAACAGCCCAGAUUUGCCUUCGAUAUCUAGUUCAACUGGGCGUCAUUCCACUGCCCAAGUCCUCCAACAAGGCACGCAUCGAGGAGAACUUCCGGGUCUUCGACUUUGAGCUGGAGCCAGAGGACUUCCAGAGCAUGGAGCAGUACCACACGGGACAGCGCACGGUACCAUUUUCUGGAAUGUCGGGACACAAGUACUAUCCCUUCAACGACGAGUUCUAGUUCUCCGCACCCAAACCCCUAGUAUUUGUAAAAUAAAGCGUAUUACGUAGAGAAA